GCCGUAUUUUUGACCAACGGGUGUCGUUUGACUGUAUGCAGUCACUUUAACGUCUCACCGGUUAAAACUCGUUGCAGGCGCUCAAUCUUUCAAUAUGGGACUUCUCAGAACAUGACAACUCUGUAAAAGGUCUUCCAGGUGUUAUGAACAACUAUGAGGUUAUCCGUCAGAUUGGAGAGGGUGCGUUUGGUAAAGCCUUCCUGGUUCAGGAGCGAGGUGGGGGUGGAGACAGACAGUGUGUGGUCAAACAGAUCAAACUCACAAAGAUGUCGGUGAGGGAAAAGGAAGCAUCCAAAAAAGAAGUGAUGCUGCUGUCGAAGAUGAAACACCCAAACAUUGUCUCCUUCAUCAAAUCUUUUCAUGAGAGGAGCAGCCUGUAUAUAGUGAUGGAGUACUGUGACGGAGGAGAUCUGAUGAACAAGAUCAACAGGCAGAGAGGAGUCUUCUUCACUGAGGAGCAGGUCGUGGACUGGUUUGUUCAGAUCUGCCUUGGCCUUAAACACAUCCACGACAGGAAGAUCCUCCACAGAGACAUCAAAGCUCAGAAUAUCUUCCUAACCAAUGAAGGGAUGAAAGCGAAGCUCGGGGACUUUGGAAUCGCAAGAAUGUUAAAUAACACCAUGGAGUUGGCCAGGACGUGUGUUGGGACGCCGUACUACCUCUCCCCGGAGAUCUGCGAGAGUCGGCCCUACAACAACAAGACGGAUAUCUGGUCUCUGGGCUGUGUCCUGUAUGAAAUCUGCACCCUGAGGCAUCCAUUUGAGGGCAGCAGUCUCCGUCAGCUGGUCAGUAAAAUCUGCAGGGGACGCUACAACCCAGCGCCCAGCCGCUAUUCCUACGACCUGCGCUUGCUCAUCACACAACUCUUUAAGGUUAACCCCCGAGACCGUCCCUCGGUCAGCUCCGUCCUCAGGCGUCCCUUCCUGGAGAAGCACAUCAGCAAACACCUAGACCCACAGAUGAUGCAGGAGGAGUUCAGCCACACGGUGCUGCAUCGAAACAGAGCAUCAUCUCAGGCGGCUAAAAGGAGAGCAGGAGCUGCAGAGAAGAGACAGAAGUCCAGAGCUGCAGAGAGACCCGGAGUCGGCGUCAAGAGACUGCCUGCCAAACCCGACUGGAGAGUCCCACUCAGGGUCUACAACCCGGGCCACAAACCUCUUCAUCAACGAGCCGCAGAGAGAGAAGCUGCAGCGCCGCAGAAAGAAAGGUUUAAUGGACAGCAGCCCGUUGGCCAUUAUCUGCACCUCUACGCCCAGUUGGACGCCUUUCAAAGGAGGAACACAGAGGACGUCCUCCCUCCUCCUCCUCCUCCUCCUCCUCUGCUUCAGGAGAGAGAGAGGGAGCGAUAUGAAGAACCAGUUGUGGAACCGUACCAGCUUGUUGCUGCAGCUCGUGAUGAAUACCUGCAGAGGAGACACGAUGCCAACCAGUACAAGCUGAGAGCAGAGAAACAGCUGGGUCUGCGUCCGUGUACGGCUGAGCGCAACAGGAAGCCUGGCGGUCAGGAGCAGGAAGUGGGACAACCCCAACAUGCACCUCAGGACAGGAGGCAGGAGGGACAGCAGGAAUACAUGCGUCAGCUGGAUGUUAUCAGACAGCAGUAUCACCAGGAGAUGAGACAGAUGAGGCUGAGAGCUGAGAUACAGCCUCAGCCACAACACAAACAAGGCACAUUUGUGGUGGAGAAAGUCAGAGACCCAGAGCCUUCUGCAGACAGCAAAGAGGAGCAAAGAGCUCCUCCUGCACAGGACAUGGAGGCAGCUCUGAGGAAGAUCAGAGAGGAGAACAGAGAACAGAGGAGAGCACUGGAGAGAAAACACAAAGACAAGAAAGGAGUUAUGUUUGAGAUCUGGUUAGAUGAGGAAGGGAUGAAAGGGGACGAAGAGAAGGAGAAAGAGGAGGGAAGCGAGGAAGAGAAGAAGAAAGAUGGCGAUGGAAGACAAACAGGGGAGGAGGAAGUGGACCCUCUGAACCAGACUCUGAGCUUCCAGGAGGCGGAGGAGUUGAAGCUCAGGGAUUGGUCGGAAGUGAGGAGGGGGUGGAGCCAGAGGACUCCUCAGACUCUGCUGGACGGACUCGCCAACAUGGACGUCAACUCUGUCUACAACACCGCUGAGGUCGGGGGUGAACAAGUUGACAAGGCAGCAGGUCGCAGGCAGUGGGUCAACAACCCCCCCAACACCCUGCUGAACGCUCUCGCUCAGGCUGAACUCACAUCAUCAACCCUGGACUCAGAGGCCGCAGAGGCAGAGAAGGACAGAGCAGAAGAGGAAGAGGAGGAAGAAGAGGAAGACUCUGAGGUGGAGAUUGAUGAAGAGCGUCUGGAGCCGAGAUCAGACGAUGACGACACGAACUUUGAGGAAUCGGAAGACGAGCUGAGAGACGCGGUGGCCGACUCCAUGAACAACCUGUUUGUAAUGGAGGACGAGAGCUCGGACGAGGCAGAGCGCACGGAGGAGAGUGCGGCGACGGCAGCGGCUGACAUGACGGAGGAGAACAAGGGCGGAGGUGCAGCAGACUCUCAACAGAUCCAACAACAGGAGUUGGAAGUUUCCUCUCAGCCUGAAGAACGAGACGCUCAGAUCAAGAGUUCAAACAGUAACGCGACUUAAGUAAAGUCCAACUGAUGUUUCUAUCCACUCCUGUUGUUAGGCUCAGUGUUGUAGUCACGUCACCAACUCUCGAGUCAGUCAAGUCUCGAGUCCCCAGUGUUCGAGUCCGAGUCUCAAACAAUAGUCCGAGUUGAGUCACCAUUACCUAACUUUGAGUCAGACUCGAGUCACAAGUCUAGACAAGAACAACUUGAGUGUGUGUGUGAGAGAGAGUGAAUGAGUGACUGUGUGUGAGUGUGUGUGUGAGAGAGAAAGAGUGAAUGACUGAG